AUGCGAUCCAGCGCCGUAAGCUGUGUCAGCCAGCCAUUCAAUCCAGAGAUAAUACUCCAGAAGUUUCGAACUGCAGUCCGUGAGAGCGAUAGCGAGUCCUCUAACUUUAGUGCGUCUGAUUGGAGAAAGAUCAGGCAGCUAGUAGAUCGUGCGGUCAACCAUAAAGAGAGCAGGAGGAUCUCGCACCUUAAUCGAACUAUCCUCAAGCUAUACAUCCGAUCAUCGCUUGUUGAGCAAGAGAAUAAGAAGUUGCGAGAAGCCUUAAUUGAGGAGAGGCAGCGCAAGCAGCGAUCUCGGCGUAGACCACUCGAGCGAUCCGAAGGGUACUAUGGUGGAGCGGUUUUCUGGUCCACGCGGAAGGUGAGAGAAGCUCGUAGCGUCCAGGAGCAGAAAGAUCGCGAUACUGAGCAGCUACAACAACAAAAAGCUGCCGCGAUCCAGGCUCGGGAGGAGUCAAAGCUAAUUAAAGCGCGGGAGAUUGAUGCGAGGCGUCGGGCGCGAGCGGAGGCGAAGCUACUAAGGGAGAAGAAGAGAGCGGAUGAAGCCGCCGAGCGAGCAGCUUAUUAA